AUGGCUGGCAGAGGCACAGCAGCAGCAGAAGCAACAGCAUGCUGCGCUAGUGGGUGGGACAGCCGUGGGCUUGACGUGGCCGUCGUGGCGGCAGCAGGAGCAGCUGCGUCACCACCACCCCUCCGCACGACGGCGGCACGAGAGGCUGAACAGGAGCCAGCACCCUCCUCGUCAGCCCCCCCCCCCNCCCCCCCCUCUGCCGUUGCUGCCACACUUACUGGUGGUGUGAACGUUGCGGAGAAACGGCAGGCGUCGGCGUAUGCGGGUGAGGAGCGACACCGCGCCCGGCAUAUUCAUUGGCUGUGGCUUCUCAUUCUCCUUUGCCCCCCUGCGUGA